CCAUCACAAAAUUUACUAAAAGCGCGCGAAGCAGGUUUGGGUAACAUUAUAAAUUACAGAUUAUUUUGAAAGCUUGGCUUAAAUUGGUGUUGGCGGUCGUACGAUGGCUAGUCCUGUAAAUAGAAAGCGCAAGGCAACUAUCACAACAGGCAACGACAAUGCGGCAAGCAAUUGCGAAAUAAAUGAUUCAGAUGAGGAGAAUAGUAGCUGUAUUCUGAGCAGCAAUGCAGCAGCUAUGCCUGGCAAGUCAAAAGUUUGGCAAUUUUUUGAAAAGUCGAAGGAUGGCAAAUUUGCGAAAUGUAAGUCGUGCGCAAAAAUAUAUAAGACUAGUGGUAAUACUACCAACUUAAGAGAUCAUUUGAGACGUUUGCACCCAUCUCUUAAAGUGAGUGACCUGCCGAAAUCAUAAAAUACCAUUUUGCCAUUCAUAAAUAAAAAUAUGACAAGUCUUCUGAACGCAAAAGUAAAAUCGACAAUGCACUGUCCGAGUUUGUCGCUUGUAGCAUUCAACCUUUCAGUCUCGUUGAGAAAAGUUCUUUUCGAAAAUUUGUUGCUGUUCUUGAUCCUCACUACGAGUUACCAUCAAGAACAACUUUAAAAAAUUUUAACAUGGAAAUGCGCUACAAGGAAAUGACUGCAAAGUUGAUGUCAAUAUUACAGGAUAUUGAAACUGUAGCUAUCACCACUGACUUGUGGACGUCAGUAGCAAAUAUGUCAUACAUUACUAUAACAUGCCAUUUUGUUGACAACAAUUAUAUUUUGCGUUGUGCUGUUCUAUCCACAAUGUCUUUAAAAGAUGAAACAAACCACUCCGCCAAUAAUAUUGGUGACACAUUAAGUGAUGUGCUUCAAAAGUGGAACAUAUUGGACAAGGUUUCCACAAUUGUGACUGACAAUGACAGAUCUAUGAUCAAAAUGUGUGAAAAUUUAAAAAAACGACAUCUGCCUUGUUUUGCCCACACUCUUAAUCUUAUAGUAAGAGAAUGUCUUUCAGUAGACAACAUUCAAAUUGUAAUAAUC